CAUCCUCCAACCUCAUUUCUGGGCCUUCCCCUGCCCGUUAUUACAGUUUGGCUGUGGAGACCUGAUUAUGACUUUGGGUCCCAGGUACACUCUACAAAGUACAGCAGACUAUCCCAUUCUCCUGAGAAAGGAUUUGUGGCCACUGAUUACUCCCUUCGAAGGUGAUCAACUGGUUCAUUGAGAUGAUUCUCAUUUCUUUACCCUUUUUUCUUUCAGGCAAGUUAACUCUGAGGCUCUUCUACCAUUUUGAGGUGUUUGUGGAAGAAGAAUGAAGGUUGGGGUGGUGGCCUGGAGGAGGGACACAUGGAAACCACUUGCCCACUAGCUGAGGAUCAGCUGAGCCCUGGGACUAAUGCUUACCCACACUGCUGAGAAUGGCACUAUUGCCCAACCAGGCACCAGGACAAAGGUGAACUGGGGACUCUCCUGGACAGUGAUCCUGAUGUCUCUUCGGAGCUGUGCACUCAAGGGUGUGAUAACUCUGAACUCUCCCAUCCCACCAUCUAUAUAAACAACACGUGUCAUUUAGACAGUGACACACCAGGAGAGGCCUGUGCCAUGGCUGCAGAACAGAAGACUGGAAACAUUUGCUGCCCUCAAGGAGUAUACGGACGGGCUAGUUGGAUCAAAAGGGCAUGUGCCUAAAAUAGUAAAUAAGGUGGCAUUUGAUAAAGCGCCACUGAGUGGUCCAGACAGUUGCUGGUGAAGGGUGAGGAGAAAUAAGAGGCCUGUGGGCUGGGCCUGGAAGACUGGGUUUAAAAGACAGGAGGGGGAGGGGAAUAGGAGUGGAGGGGAAGACUCUCUCCUCUGUCAGCCCACUGGUUUCCUUUCAACAUCGAAACAAAACACCAAAACCCUGCUUAAUGGAGCAAUUAAGGACAAAUGUGACCACAAGGAGCCACAACUUCACACCCAUUAGGAUGUUCAUCCUCAGAAAACCGGAAAAUAACAAAUGCUGGCAAGGAUACGGAGAAAUUGGAACCAGUGCGUUGCUGGUGAGAAUGUAAAAUGGUACAGUCGCUAUGGAAAACAGCAAGGCCGUACCUCAAAAAAUAAAAAUAGAAUGACCAGAUGAUCCAACAGCUCCAAUUCUGAGUAUAUACCCAAGAGUUGAAAGCAGGGACUCAAGCAGAUGUCGGUACACCCAUGUUCAAAGCAGCAUUAUUCACAAUAGCCAAAAGGUAGGAGCAACCCAUUAAUGGAUAAAUGAGUAAACAAGAUGUGAUAUAUCUAGAUAGAUAGAUCACAAUGGAACGUUAUUCAGCCUUAAAAGGGGAAAGAAAUUCUGACAUAUGCUACAAUGUGGAUGAACCUUGAAGAUACUGUGCUAAGUGAAAGAAGCCAGAUACAAAGCAGCUGGCCCCACUCGGUGCCAUGGCUUCCGUGGAGCCCCUGACGGCGCUAUCCCGCUGGUACCUGUACGCCAUCCAUGGCUACUUCUGCGAGGUGAUGUUCACGGCGGCCUGGGAGUUCGUGGUGAACUUUAACUGGAAGUUCCCGGGGGUCACGAGCGUGUGGGCGCUCUUCAUCUACGGCACCUCCAUCCUGAUCGUGGAGCGCAUGUACCUGCGCCUGCGGGGCCGGUGCCCGCUGCUGGUGCGCUGCCUCAUCUACACGCUCUGGACCUACCUGUGGGAGUUCACCACCGGCUUCAUCCUGCGCCAGUUCAACGCCUGCCCCUGGGACUACUCCCAGUUCGACUUUGACUUCAUGGGCCUCAUCACCCUGGAGUACGCCGUGCCCUGGUUCUGCGGGGCCCUCAUCAUGGAGCAGUUCAUCAUCCGGAACACCCUCCGCCUCCGCUUCGACAAGGACGCCGAGCCUGGGGAGCCUGGGGAGCCCGGAGGUCCCCUGGCCCUGGCCAACGGCCACAUCAAGACUGACUGAAUGGAGGACUCGUGGGGGGGGCGGGGGCAGGGGUCUCUCAUGAACCCUGUGGAGAAAAGUACCACACUGGUGGAGUUGCCCCUUCUGUACAGCACAAGCCUCACCCUGUCCCCCUGCCUCAGCCCUGUGGGGCGCACACAGCCCGCGUUUUGUCCCUGUGGGUUGGUGUUGGGGGCGGGCUGUUGGGGCAGCAGAGGGACUUGGGAUUGGUCCAUGGAUCUCAGCCCAGCUCAGAGACUGGAGGCAGGAGGCAGGAGGCCUGAGGCUUCGCAGCAACUAGACUACAUGAGUGACUUUGGAAGCAGCAGGCCCUGUCCUGGCUAAGAGACUGAGAAAUGGGCAGAAAGUGGGAGGCAGGUCUGAGAAGGCUUGGGGCUGCUGCCUCAGCCACCUGGUUCCCUCUCUCCUGGUUUAGUUGGGCUUUGGCUGGUUUCAUUAGGCAAUAUUCAGGUGCUUGCUUGCAACCAAUACCUCCCCGGGGGCCUGCUGAGCUGCAGCCUAAAGAGAGACUGGGCAGCCGGGAGGCUGCUUGGAGCCAUGCUAGUCUGCAAGGGCUGAGAAGCCUUCCCUUGGCUCCUCCCCCUCCCCCAAGGCCCCACGCUGCUCUCUUGGCCUUCUGGGGGCCCCCUGGUGCUGGAUUCCCACCAACCUUGGGCUUUGGGAGGUUUCAGUCCCUGUGCAUUUGGUGGCGUUUCCCCUUUUCUCUCCUAUUUUCUAGGCCUUUACCACUAUCAGCCCUUUAUCCAUGUCAAUCACCCACCAACCCCCAACUCCAACUCCCCAGCUAACACAGCAGCUGCCAGAGAUAGAACCCUGAGACACCCUUCCCACCCUCUGCAGCCUUCCUUCCACUGUUGCCCCAGUCUGGUGGGCUGUGGCAGUGCCCCUGGUGCUCUUCUCCACCCAUGCCCCCUCCCCGCAGUGGCCCAGCUGAAAACGAAUGAUACCCACAACACACAGCCAGGACAAGAUGGGCCCCACAGAUCCACAGUGGGGACCUAGAGACAAAUCAGUGUGUGUGUGGGGGGGGUGCAGUGGGGAGGGGGGAAGAGGCACAUAGGGGCAUCUAGCAUUCUAGGGGAUGGGGGAGCAGUAUCCAGUGUUGGAGACCAUCCUUGGCGGGAAGGGGUCCAUUCUGGUUCUGUCAUAGCCCUAGCCCUGCAGCAAAACCUCCUCAGGGCUACCCCACCCCCACCCUUCCCAGCAAGGCUGACACUUGGAGCUUGCUCCUCAAACAGUAUUAACCCUGCCACACUCAUGGGCAUUGUUAUCUUGGUUGCCCAUGACAGGUCCAUUGCUGGCAGUGGACAGGUGAAAACCUCACUCUAGCCCAUUUUCGGCUCUGCCCCACUUGCCAAGGGGAGGGGUCCAUCAGAACACAGCCUAUUCCAUGGUACAUGGUCUCUUUUUGACCACACUAGGACUUAGGUAGAAAUUAGCCUUUCCCUUUUUAUAGAACAUUAAAAACUGAUAAUGCCACCUGUGGAGACAAUCUCCUCUUCUUGCUGUGUUGCUCCACCUAGACCGUGCAGACAGCACAGGGCCAGGACAGGUGGGCUGGAUGUGGGCAGGAGUGGUGACUUGGGUUGGGAGAAAGGAUGGGAGACUGUCUUCGGCAGGGUUGCUUUCUGCGGUUGACCCUGUCCACAACAGGAUGGGUCCUGGGUAGGCUCCUCACAUCUAGGCACAAACUACAUUCUCCUGGGGCUAGUCCUACCUUUGAUUUUACUGUGACCCCAAUUCCAGGGCUUUGGGGCUUCUAGGGAUUUAGGCUUCCAGUGGGGGUAGAUUGCUUUCCAUCUACAGCUGGAGGGGAUUCCAGAGGAAGAAGAUUGUCUGGCUUCCCUGUUCCCUCUAGGUAGUUGUUUCCUUGGUCCUCUCUCCCAACUCCAUGCUAUUUUAGUCUCUUGGACCCCAACGCCCCUGCAGGCCCCCAUGUGGGCCCCUAGACCAUACCACCCACCUUUGCUCUCCCUUCCACGAUGGAAUCUGGUGGUCAGCUUAUUGAUGUCUCUCAGCAUGAGGCCUCCACAAUUCUCAGCCUGAUCAAGCCCUUGGAUGGCCUACUGGAUCUGGCUGCUCCAGAUGUUGCCCUAUCGUCAUUCCUCAGCACCAUCUUUUUUCUGUGCAGGAGGUCCUGGGGUAAGCCUGCCUCUCUGGCAAUGUACAGAGCAUUGUGUCCCUGUUUCAUUCAGGUGCCCCAUGGCUCCCGUUGUCCCUCGUAGGGCACAGAGCCCCAGCAAAGGGAGGCAAUGAGCCAGGGCUUGACCACAGGAUCUGCAGGCUCAGAGUUCAUCGGGGAUAGCCCAGACUUCAACUCUUCUGUUUUGGGUAUCUUCAGAGCCUCAAUUCCUUAGUGCCCAGGCACUCAAUGUUUGGAGUAAUCCCAGCCCUGCCAGGCAGCAGGGGUGCUGGCAGAGAGAGCCAGCUUGCUGUUUAUGAACUGGUGUCCUGGGCCUCUCUGCUGGACAUUGCAGCAUCUCUGAGUUACAGAUUGCCAUGUGCUGCCCUGCAUGGUUGAACUGCUUCCAUGUCCGCUAGGUAUCCUGUCUCUUGUGCCCUGUUCCCUUUGAUGCCAGUGAGUCAUAAUGGCAUCUCAAUGGCCUAUGCUUAUUCUCAGCAAUAAUACCUAGGGAGUGGCCAUGGGGCCUUUUGUCCUGAUCCCUUGCCUUCUGCAUGGGUCUCCUGGGGAGGCAGCCCCUGCGUGGGUCAGUUCACGAGAACCUGUAUUUAUGAAGCUCCGGGCCCUGCAGACGUCGCAGGGGAUGCAGAGAGGCCCAGCACUGGAGGAGCUAUGGCCAAGGGAGGGAGCAUACCUUCCACCCUGAGGCAACCCUAGACCUGGAGGAGCUGCAGGUCCUGGCUCUGCAAGAGGGCCUUUGAGGCGGUGGGAUUGUCUCCCAACUGCCGCAGCUCUUCUCGAUUGUUUGCCCAUUGCCUGCUCUGUCUCCGUUAGUCUCUUUGUCUUUCUUUUCACAUUCGUGCACAUAAAAUAUACUGGUGUUUGUGUUCCA